CAGAAAUUAAUCUACCAUAAUUUGUAUUUACCCAAGAAACUAUAGGCUUGUUUAAAGUUACUGCGAUAUUAGCUGUAUAUUUAAAUACAAAACGUUCGAAUGCAAUAUUUAUUUCGUUAUGUCCAAUGCAACAUUAGAUCCUGAUCAACAUCAUAAAACUCAAACUGGUCGAAGCAGAAUGCAGAAUGGUUUAGAAAGUAAAGGUCAGACUGGAAGGAAUGAUGAGUUUGAUUCAAGUUAUAUGCAUCAAGCUAAUGUGAAUCCGGCUUAUGGCAUGGCACCAACCAGCGACUCCUACAUGCCAAGUUAUUAUGGCCAGAUGCCGUUUCCUUACAUGGGAAGUUCAGAGUGGUCAACAGGGAGUACAGAUAACAUGCCGUAUUUAUCUGGAUUUGGUGGGGAAGCUCAACAACACAGCUUUCUACCUGAUGCCAUGUUCAGUCACCCUCCAGCUGCACUUGGAAAUACACCAGCGUAUUACAACCAACCGUAUAAUUUUUUUCAACAUGGAACUGACUUUAGUCCGUGGGCAUCACAUAGCUCGGCACAUGGGACUGGAAUGCCAGAAACUCCUGGUGGAACUGGCUUCGGCCAGCAAACUGCUGCACCAACUUAUAAUGGUGAUUAUUAUCCAUCAAUUAUGCCGGCAACUCCGCAUGAUUAUUUAGGUACUGGUGAAGCUAUAGUUUCCAAUGGUAGUGUCUUGGGUCAUGGUGCCCCAGGUGCUGCGAUACCAGGUGUUGGUGGAAGUACUGUCAUGUCAAGUGGUGACCCUAUUGGUAAACUACCCGUUGGUUCUUCAUCAAAUAGCAUGAAGAUGGUUGAACAGGGUAUACAGAAUAUGGGACUUGGUAUGUCUUCAAUGUCUGGCGAUCCUAUGAAGCAAAUGCAAGUAACUCCUGUCAUUCCCAUGCCUGGUGGGGGAUCUAUUGUGUCAGCAGGUGCACCACAAAAUGCAACCAACAUUAGUGGACAAUCAAGCCAAAGCGCCAGUUCAAGUAACAAUAGCACACCAGUGCCUGGUUCCAAUGCACCAAAGCCAGUAUCAUGGGCAGCUAUUGCAUCAAAACCUGCAAAACCGCAACCUAAACCGAAAGCUAAAUCGAUGGUUGGGCCAGGACUACCACCACCUAUUAAGCAUAACAUGGAUAUUGGAACUUGGGACUCUCAGACUCCAGCUAAAGGACCAGCGAAAGGUCAAAUGCCAGGUCAACCAGGUGCCCCGCAGAGAUGGUCGGCUCCACGGCAGGGACCUGCAGAUGGUUCAGUUUCAUCGAAUCACCAUUCUGCAAAUGCUGGAAACACAAACACUAAUUUCCACUACAACAAUGCACAAACUAAAGAAGAAUCAGGAAAUGAGGUGUUGGAAAAAUUAAAAGCUGAAAAUGACUACAACCCAAAACGGUUGACCAUCGACGUUCGGAAUGCAAGAUUUUUUGUAAUUAAAUCGUAUUCUGAAGAUGAUAUUCAUCGUUCUAUCAAAUACAACAUUUGGUGCUCCACUGACCAUGGCAACAAACGAUUGGAUGCAGCGUUUCGUGAACAGCAAGGACAUGGCCCGGUUAUUUUACUCUACUCUGUAAACGGUUCUGGUCAUUUCUGUGGCGUUGCAGAAAUGCUCACUCAGAUUGACUACAGCAAGCGUGCUGGUGUUUGGGCUCAGGAUAAGUGGAAAGGAAAGUUUCAGGUGAAAUGGAUUUAUGCGAAGGACGUUCCUAACAGCCAGCUUCGUCAUAUUCGUCUUGAAAAUAAUGAGAAUAAACCGGUGACAAACUCACGUGACACUCAGGAGGUUCCUGCAGAGAAAGGAAGACAAGUUCUUAAAAUCAUUAGUAGCUAUAAACAUCAAACAAGUAUAUUUGAUGACUUUUCACAUUACGAACGCCGUCAAGUGGAAGAAGAAGGUCUUCGUCAAAAACGUAAUGAACUGAGAUCUCGGGACAAUCACAAAGAAAAACAAUCAGCUCAUCCAGACCAAGCGUCGCCAAAAAAUUAAUCAAUUAGUUUUGUUAGUAUGCCUAAUUUAGUUUGUCACCACUGCUUAGCUGGAAACUUAAUUUGUUUGUAUAAUAUGAAGUGAUUGUAUUCUUUAUUUCAUUAUGGCGUCUCGGUUUGGGCUGUUGUUGUGGAAAUUUCAAACGUUGUGGUGGAAAAUGUAAAUUCUUUGCAUGGUCAUUUUACCUUAAAAAGAACACAAUUAUUGGUUAGUAGGGACUAAGGGUUACUAACUAUGCGAUGCCAGACCGUCCUACUACAAAUAUAAAAUAAUAAGAAUGAACCACACCACAGAUAAUCAUGAUCAUUUGUGCCUCAUAACAAAGUUAUUCAGUGCCACCACAAUAAUACCAUCAUUCGUAAUCCAUGCAUAGUAGCGUAAGAUCUCAUUAGUUUGAAUAUUCGUUGUAAAAUAUUUAUUGUUUUCUUGGUAUCUGUAAUAAUGAUGAGUGUCAAAUCCUUGUUCCAACAUACAAGGCAAUCACUUGACCUUCAUCUUCAUUGAAAAUUAUUGGAACUAUGCUAAUAAUUAUGUAAUGAAGUUACUUGCAAAUUAUUAUGUAAAUAUAAUCUUGGGCUUCGUUAUCAUCACAGCACGAUGUGUGCAACCGCUGAAGUUUUCAGUGUUUUAUUUCGUAGGUUGUUCUGUUCGUGUGUAUUGGUUCCACUAAAUUUCUAUCGUAUAACGAAAUUAACAUAAUAUAAAUUCUUGUGUGGUGA